AUGGCAGCGUGGUUGGUAGAAGAAAUGCGGAAGUAUCCAGUUAAGCACGGCAAGAGUGUUCUUAACUCUGUUGACUUAGUGGAACACUUGAAGGAUUUCAAAGUGCGUCGAGGAGAGAUUUUAGUCUCGUUUGAUGUCUCCGCACUUUUUCCUAGCGUCCCUAUAUCGGACGCCUUACGCAACCUUCGCAGACACUUGGAGCGACGCCGAGCACCUCCAAACCAAAUAGCAGCGUACGUCACCAUAGCCGAGAAAAUCAAAAUGUUGUGGUUGUCGAUAGUACUAUUGGGUGUAGUGAAAGCUACGUCGGUUCUAGGUCCAGAUGGAUACGAAUCCUCCAAACCAUCAGUGCCAUUUUGUUCAGAAGGAUCAAGUGAUGGAAACUGUACUCCUGAAUCUACGAACAACGACGUAGUGUCUUUGGUGUGUCCAGAAGGCGGAGUUUGGCCGGAUUGUAAUUCGGCUCCAGCGAUAGUGACCCAGCCAACUGUCAGUUCAACUUCUUCUGAUUCAGAGGCAGUUUGUGCAAACGGUGGUUUAGGACCAACCUGUGAAGUACCAAAACCUAUUACACUGAUCAGCUGUGCUAAUGGAGGAGUUCCUCCAUUUUGUUGCCCUAAAGGAACAGUCGGGCCAUACUGUGAGAUGCCAGGAAAUGAACCACCUCCAACAAUAAGUUGUGCUAACGGAGGAAUUCCUCCUUUCUGCUGUGAAAAUGGUGGUGUUGGACCAGAAUGUGAAAUUUCGAUACCAUUUGGUUGUGAUAACGGUGGUAUUCCUCCAUAUUGCUGUACAAAUGGAGGAGAUGGUCCAAACUGUGCUAUCCAACAACCCACUAGCUAUUGCCCGGGAGGUGGAGUUCCGCCUUACUGCUGCACAAAUGGUGGUCAAGGACCUUUCUGUAUAAUUGUUCAGUCAGCCUUUGAAUUCGCUCCCUCUAUCGAAAUUGUUUAUCACCCCACUUUGUGUCCACAUGGAGGAAUCGGGCCUAACUGCCAACAGCCAAGUAAUCCCCAGCUAUUGGUACCUACAUCUUGUCCAUAUGGUGGACAACCACCUUACUGCUGCACCAAUGGUGGAUCAGGACCAAAUUGUGAACUUCCGUUUAUACCUACUGCCCCUUCACAACCGCUCGUUUCUCCACCUUCCUCCGUUCCAUUACAACCAAUAGCUCCCCAACAGCCACUUCCGUUUAUACCUACUGCCCCUUCACAACCACUCGUUUCUCCACCUUCCUCCGUUCCAUUACAACCAAUAGCUCCCCAACAACCACUUCCGUUUAUACCUACUGCCCCUUCACAACCGCUUGUUUCUCCCCCUUCCUUCAUUCCAUCACAGCCAAUAGCUCCCCAACAGCCACCAGUAGUUCCUUCAUGUUCCAACGGCGGUAGUUUACCAUUCUGUUGCACAAACGGUGCAGCUAAUCCCACGUGCGAGAUUCCCUCCGAACCUGUUAUCGGUUGCACAAAUGGCGGCGAAGGACUCAACUGCCUUCCAACUGGUUUAUCAAACAACGAAUACUUACCUCCCCAUGAACACUCCAACGAAUGCCAAAAUGGAGGUCAACCACCUUACUGUUGCACAAAUGGUGGUGAAGGUCCUGGUUGCUUCAUUCAAACUCAACGACCUCCAACUACCACAACACCUCGGCCCACAACCACCACAACCCGUAGAACAACAACUACCCCUCGUCGAACAACAACUCGUCCAAGAACGACAACUACCCGCAGAACAACACCCUUCACAACUCGGAGAACCACAACAACCCGUAGGCCGACAACCACAACUCGUCGCACAACAAGACGACCCACCACAACCACCACCCGAAGACCUACAACAACCACCCGAAGAACCACCAGAACUACUCGUCGUCAGGACAACUACUUCACCACAACUCGGCCCACAACUCGUCCUACAACCAAGAGACCAUGUCCCUUCGGAGGAUUCCCCCCAUAUUGCUGUACCAACGGAGGUCAAGGACCUAACUGUAUCAUCGCAACAACACCUAAACCCAAACCUCCGUGUCCAUUCGGAGGCGUUCCUCCAUUCUGCUGCACCAACGGCGGUAUCGGACCAACCUGUGUCGUCCCCACUCAACGACCCCCGAAGCCAUCGAAACCAUCGACCUCGUUCGUCUUUUCCACAACUCCAAAACCCAAACCACCCUGCCCAUUCGGGGGCGUACCUCCCUUCUGCUGCACCAACGGUGGAAUCGGACCCACUUGUGUAGUUCCAACUCAACGACCUCCGAGACCAUCGAGACCAUCAACUUCGUCCGUCUUUUCGGGAUGUCCCGCCGGAGGAGUACCUCCCUAUUGCUGUGCCAACGGUGGACAGGGAGCCAGCUGUAGCAAUCCGAAACCUCCAACGACCUCGGCAUCUUUUGGAAUCGGUAGCAGUUUCUCCGGGGCGGAUAACGGGUAUCUUCCGCCGAAGCAGGAAAGUCAAAGCGGUGGACAGUCUCAUGGAUACAGCUACACGGCCGGCAAUCCACCGUUUAUUUUCUAA